AUGAGCACGACGAUGCAGAUCCAGAUCCCCGCGGGCACGGCCCCCAACGCCAUCCUCCAGGUCCGCGCGCCGGACGGCCGCACGAUCAAGGUCCGCGUCCCUCCGAACGUCCGGCCCGGCCAGCAGAUGCGCAUCGCGGUGCCGGCGGCGGACGUGGAUCGGGCAUCGGAGGCGGGAGACCGCGACGCGAGGCGGCGGCAACGGGAAGAGGCGGCGCGAUACCGCGAGGCGGCGGCAGCGAGGGACAAGGCACAAUCGAGGUCCGCGGCGGUGAAGGCGGCGGUGAAGGCCGCAAAGGUGCCGGCGAACCCGAGCCGCGGCCGCCUGCCCGUCGCCGGGUUGGUGGGGAAGUCCUUCGGGCUGUACCAAAAGGACCAAAAGGCGUGGCUCGCCCUCAGACUUGCCAGGUCGUUCGCGAUCAAAAAUGGCUCCUGGGCUGGUUGGGACACCGCGCGGUUCGUGGCCUUCGACGCCGGCAAGAACCGCGUCGCGUUCCGCAACCCGGGCACGGAGCGCUGGCUCCGCGUGACGGCCGACGGCGUCACGGAGGCGCCGGCCCGUGGAAAUUGGAACGCCACCUGGGGGUGGGAGCGGUUUGAGUUACACGAGCUCGCGGGCGGCGUCGGCCUGCGGAGCGCGAGCGGGCGCUGGCUGACGAUCGAGGGGAAGCGGACGAUUCAGCUCGAGCCGGGACCUGUGUGGAAAUCAAAAUUCUACGGGCUCGAUGGCGUGGCGAUGCCGGUUCAUCACCACUCGACGGAACCACCGCGGCAGCGUCAUCGCCGAGAAAUGAGUUAGUGAAGAAUUAUCGGGUGCACCCGACACACUGGUUGAUUUCCACACAGGCCGCUCGGGGCCUGGGACGCGGACGAGCGCGCGGCGGCGCACGAGAAGAAGCUGUCGGAAGAGAUGGAGCGGGCCGCGGCGGCGGACCGCGCCGAGGCGGAGCGCCGCGCGGCCGAGUUGCGGCGCUUCGCGGCCGCGGCGCAGGCGCCGGCGGCCACUCCGGAAGAGCCAGAGCCAGAGACGGUCGCGACCGAUACUCCGGCGGGCGAGGCGUCGCGCGCGGAGGCCGUCGACGAGCCACCGACGACCGAGCGCAUCGACUGCGACUCGCCGCGCGUCGACCUCGGCGGCGCGUCGGAGCUCUCGGCCCGGAUCGACGCCCUCUUCCGCGUGCGGCGGAGCCCAGCGCUCGCGGCGCAGCUGAACAAGAUCUACGAGCACCACGAAUCGAUCCCGAGGUAUACUACUUAGCGUAACUUUUACACAGGCUUUGGUCCUAGACGCCGAUCAGCUCCUUGACGAAGUCGUCGAACUCCUCCUUCUGGA